AUGGACGGUGGUAGUGGUGGUGGUGGUCUAAGUAGUAGCCGCUUUACCAAAAUGUGGACCACGGCCGUCCUGAAUGCCAUCACUAGCCGGGCAACAUCGGCCUCGAAGAACCUCUCGGUGCGCUACUCGUCCAUCCCCAGUAACGAUGGGUCGUCGGCCGGUGGUCCGUCAGCGUCCGCCAGCAAUCUCAGCAAGAUAAUGGGCGGUUCCGGCAUCAUACUGCCGCUGGAUGUCGAGGAAACGGUAACGUGUUUCUGCAGAAAAGCCCGACGCAAGGAACGAGACGGAGAUUCGAAUCAGGGCGACACAAAGCUUUACCUCGAGGAAGGUUUAUUAGAGCGGAAGCUACCCGAUGCCGACCUGCGGUUAUUAGUGGAUCUACCUGCCGGUCUCGACUACAACGAAUGGCUAGCAUCGCACACACUUGCGCUGUUCGAGCACGUCAACCUCGUGUACGGUACCAUCAGUGAAUUCUGCACUACAUCCGGCUGUCCAGACAUGACCGGCCCAGGAACUAGGAUGUACCUCUGGUUCGACGAGAAGGGCAAAAAGACGCGGGUGGCGGCCCCACAGUACAUCGACUAUGUGAUGACGUUUACGCAAAAGACGGUCAGCGACGAGUCGAUCUUUCCCACCAAAUAUGCCAAUGAGUUCCCUAGUUCGUUCGAGAGCAUCGCUAGAAAAAUCGUACGAUUGUUGUUUCAUGUGAUUGCGCACCUGUACGCGGCCCAUUUCCGCGAGGUUGCCCUGCUAGGGUUGCACGCGCAUCUUAACCUCACCUUCGCGCAUCUAACCGCGUUCCAUAGGCGAUAUAAUCUGAUAGAAUCCAAAGAAACGGAAGUUUUGCGCGAUCUGGAGAUUGCGCUCCGCCUGACGGACGAUCCGACGGCUCCGGCAGCAGUCACCGACGGCAAGGCGGACAGUAGUGCCUCGAUCGCGUCCACGACCUCGGCCUCGACCGGUACGACCAACACGUGCUCGUCCUCGUCCACGUCCUCGACUGCUUCCUGUUCACCGCCGCUACUCCUAACCGCCGCCGCUGCAGCCGCCUCCACCGCCGUGCCGCCGAACAACGGUACGGCGAACAGUUGCAACACCCCCUCCCAGCUACCUUCCUCCAACAGCUGCAGUGCGGACAACAAUAAUAGCAGUAGUAGUGAAAGCGGGCACGCGAAUACCAACACCGUCCUCAACCAUGCGCUGAUCGAUGGGGAUGCGACGGCCCAGCCGAUCUGCAAGCAGCCGCUCGAAUCGGGCAGCGUUGUAAAUAGUAAUAGUCAUAAUCAUCACCCGCAUCACCAUCAUCACCACCAUCACCAUCCCGGUGGUGGCGGCAAGGUGGAACCGUGUGCGACCGGUGGUGGAAGCGGCAGCAGCACGGGCAGCGUCGGUGUAACCGGUUGCGGUGUGGGCUACAGUGUCGGUGGUGGUGGCGGAGGUGGUGGCGGUGGAGGACAUUCAGGGGGGCCAAGUUCCCAGCAGUCGUCCAACACGCAGACAACGGCAUAGUGGAUACGUUGGACCGCGAGCGUUGGGGCCGGCGCCGGAACCAUGUUCCUGCUGGGCGGGGCGGCGUGUUGUGGAGCCCUCCAGGUGCCCACUCAAAUCUGACCAAAAUGUGAUCUUAAAA